UCAUAUUUACCGGAAAAGUACCACGUAUGUAUUUUUCAAUGUAAUUAAAUAUUCAGCAAGGAAAACUUCCAUUCCCACAUUACGUCGUAAGGAAUAGACGUGUGGAGGUUCCACGAAAAAUGAUUUAAUUUUAUUUGAAAAAAGAAAAAUAUAUGUUUUUAUAUACGUAUAAGUGACUCGAUCGACGUCACGUAGGUAUAAAUUGAACCUGAUGAUGAAAAGCAAUUUUAUAUGGCGUUUUUUCAAUCGAAGUGUCCCUGAAAACUUUCGAAUGUUAAGACUGCGUUCGAAACGAGAGGAAUUAAUGGCGGUUGAAGAGCCCCCACCCUGACGUAUGCAGAAACAGUCAAGGUGUCAACAGGCGAGGCUGAACGAAAGUUUACGCGAUAAUUCUCGUCUGUUCGUAUUCGCCCAUUUACCUUACCGCUUAUCGUUUUGUCUUAGCAACGUUCGAGCCGCGAUAAUCGAAAUACAUGUGUUUGAAAUAACUGGCGUUCAGAGAAUGCAACUACUCAAAGUAUAGCACGGUGCAGAUUUUUCUGACAUGUAUGUGUGUAUACGUACAUAAUGUUUUGAUUCAAUCGCAGCUGAAGUUCGGUCGUAUCUAUUUCAUUGAAGAUAUGCUCGAUUGUGUCUUCACUGACAAAAAUUAUAGUAUUUCAUCACCUUGUUGCUGAUUAUUGAAUUUCACAGUAGGAUGUAUAUGAUCCUUUAUAUGAAUUUUGUACAACAUAUAUAAUUGCUCAAAAAACAGUCCAAUGAAUGUGGAUGAUGAGUUUUACUUUAUCAAGCAGUAGUGUGGCGAAUAUACUGUAAUGGGGUGGGUCUUGUCCACCACAGUAUGGAUUACAAUAUGGAGUUGCCUGUUACGGGGCUUAGAAUUAGCUCCACAGACAUCUCCAAAACAAAUUCCAUGUGAUAAAACUAGGAAAGUUUUUACUGAUUCUUGGGGGAUUAUUAGUGAUGGACCUUUGGGUUCGAAUUAUACACAAGAUUCUCAUUGUGAAUGGCUUAUAAAAGCAAAUAAUAGCCGUCAGUUUAUUACUUUGAGUUUCCGUACCAUGGGAACAGAAUGUAGCUAUGAUUAUGUUUUUGUUUAUGAUGGAGAUUCUUUUCGAUCUCCACUUUUAGGUAGUUUCAGUGGAAAAACAGAACCUCAACAAGUGACAUCAUCAUCUGGUUAUAUGUUAAUACUCUUGUACAGUGAUACAAACUAUGUUUUGGAUGGUUUUCAUGCAGAAUUUUCAGUUACGAAUUGUUCAAAUAAUUGUACAAAUCAUGGAAAAUGCAUUGAUAAUACUUGCUUUUGCGAAAAUGACUGGGGUGGUCGAGAUUGCUCCAAAGCUCUUUGUCCAAAUAAUUGUAGUUAUAAUGGAGAGUGUGGUUUAAAACGAUGUGAUUGUAAAAAUGGAUACUCAGGACAGUCUUGUUCAUUACACAAAACAUAUCCUGAAGGCAACAAAUGGCACUGGCUUUCUCAUUCAGAAGGUGGAUUAAGGCCAAGGGCAGCACAUACUGCAGUUUAUAUAAAAGAAACUGAUUCUCUUUAUGUUUUUGGUGGUUAUGAUCUUAAUUAUAUACUCAGUAAUUUGGAAGUAUAUCGAUUUAGCACAAGUCAAUGGGAAGAUGAAUAUGGUAAUGAACUAGAAGGCGUCUCAUCUGCAGAAUAUUUGGAUCCUAUGUUACUUGCUACUGAAUUAAAACGGACAGAUGCAGAUGAAAAAGAAUUAUAUGGUCUUCGUACCUCAUCUCUUAUGUGGAAAGUACUUUCUAGUAUUAAAGACAAUAAUACUUUUAGCACACGUAAUUUUGGAAAUACAGAAAAUGGACAUGGCUGGUCAAAAUUUAGAAAUGGAGACCAUAAGGAUCGCGAGGAAAAAUUUCACGAAAGCAGAGAUGGUGAAAAAAGCAAAAGCACAGUUAGAAUAGAAAGAAAUGAUGAUUUUAGGAGAAAACAUUUUAGACGUCCUAAGCCUCGAUAUGCGCAAAUUACAAGACAUCGUAGAAAUCUUGAAAAUCUAGAUCCUUAUCAAGAAUUUCAUAUAAAAAGUGAUAUACUAAAUUGGGAAGAACAAAAUACAGAAGAUUUUGUUAGAGACAACAUUUACAUUCAAGAACCUAAAGUAAAAGAUGAAUCAUUAAAAGAUGAGUCAACUAAGUCACCAAUUGAUAAAUUACCUAAACCAAGUCCGCGAUAUGGUCACGCAGCUUGUAGAUAUGACGGUGGUUUUGUUAUAUACGGUGGGAAAGUACAAGACGGAUCUUUAUCUAAUGAACUGUGGCAUUACGAUGUUAACACACGUUCUUGGACAUUACGAGCGAAAAAUUCUCCAUUUUAUCCACCGCAAUUGACAAGACAUUCUCUUACUUUAGCAAAUGAUUAUAUUUAUCUUUUUGGUGGUAGUACAGUUGAUGGUGAAUUUUCGUCGAGUUUAUAUAAGAUUAAACUGAAUUUAUCUGAUCCUACAGCAACCACAGAAAGAUGGAAAGAAGUAUACCCGCGAGGUGGUAAAGAAUUAGAUGUACGUGUAGUUGCACAUUCAACUGUGUACCAUCAUGCUACUAAUUCUUUAUUAGUUUAUGGGGGAGUAGUAGCCAGUGUAGCACGAUUUAGUAAAUUAUCCGAUAGAAUGUUUGUGUUUCAACUUGACAGGAAGGUUUGGUCUGAAAUUCAUUAUCCGAGAGCACAUUUGAGAGACACUUAUGUUCCAAGAGAACGAGCAUUUCAUACUUGUAACAUUAUAGGAAAUUAUUUAGUUGUAUUUGGCGGCUAUUCUCAUAGACAUAAUAAAGAAGAAAUUUGUUAUGAUAAUCAAAUGUAUCUUUAUCAUCUAGGCUGCCAUGCUUGGGUAAGCCAUGAUGUACUAGGUUUAAAUGAUAAAGAUUCUCGUUACCCAAAGCAACAAGGAGUAUUCGCACACGCAGCAGAUGUACGAAAUGGAAAUACAUUGUUAUUGGUUGGUGGUUAUCAUGGGAACGUAAAUGCGGAUUUGCUUGCAUAUACAUUACCACCGAUGCUUGCACCAGGAGAUGAAGAUAAUAUAGAACCUGAACAAAUUUGUUCAAGACAUAAAAGUUUAAUGGAAUGCACAGCUAAUCCAGAAUGUGGUUGGUGUUCGGCAGAUGAGAUAUGUUAUGGUAGAACUAUCGGUAGUAAUUGUACAACAAAUCUUCAAACGACACGUUGUCUAGGUGUUUGUCCUGCACUUGGAGAUUGUCAUUCUUGUUUAAUACAUGGCCAACCUGGUGGAGGUUGGGGUACAACUGCACGUGGAAAAAAAUCUGUGUCAAAUAAGUUAAAUCGCGGAACUUGUACAUGGUGUGUUCAGAACGCGCGUUGUCAUCACAAAGAUGAUAAUUAUGGUGUUUGUGGACUUCGAGACGAUACACCAUCGCAAAUACCUGGAUGGUGGGGCCCGAAAGGCACAGAAAUUAUAAAAGUCGAAGAAUGCCGAGAAAUGGAUAAAAGGCCAGGAUUAACAUUUUUAAAAUAUAAACCUCCAGUGAAUUUUAGUCAACCCGACUCGGUAACGAUAGUCAAUGCCACUACCGUAGAUUUUAAUGUUCCGUCUAUGCAAGGAGCGAAAACAGAAUCAGCGCUUGGAGGAGAAAUGAUUGCUAGAUUGAUCGGUUUCCUCAGACCACCUCAAUCUUUUUGGGAUAGCACAGUGGAGCAUUUGAAAAUUUGUGUUAGUUAUAAUAGCGCAACUUUACAUGUAUCAAGGAGUGAUGACCCUCAGGAAUUGGAAUUAGUUGCAAAUUUAACUGCUGAAACAUCACAAUGCAUUCCAACAAAAUGGCCAGAUGGACAUCAAAUGAUGUUGCUACCAGGACGAUAUUUAUUAGACUUCGAAUCGAAAAGGAUGGUUACUACAAGUUAUGCGUAUGCCAGUAAGAUGGAAAUUACUCACAACAAGAAAACGGAAAAUCCAAAAGUAUUUACAUUUGAAUACCUUGAACCAUUUCAAAACGGUUCUUGCCAUCAGUAUAAAAAUUGCCUUCACUGCUUAACCGAUUCUUCGUGCGGUUGGUGUGAUAUCAUUAAUAAAUGUCUUUCACGCUCAAUUAAUGAAACGGAAAGUUGUGUAGCUGAUGUAGAAUGGGAUGAAGAUGGGAAUCCUACUCGUGAAUGGCAUUAUCUAACUAUCACUCCAUCAGCUUGUGCUAAUUGUUCCAAUUAUAUCUCAUGUGAAUCCUGCGUUGGUAGUAAUUUGUGCGAAUGGUGGACAGAGGAAGCUCGUUGUGCAAGAAUUGGUAGACUACCUAAUGCAGUUGUUAGCCUUGAUCAAUGUCCAAUUCCAUGUAGACAACGUUCAAAUUGCACGCAAUGUUUAGAUGAGCGUGGAAGAUGCGUGUGGUGUGAAGCCACGCAAGAGUGUUUUUCUUUUUCAGUAUAUACAUCUGAGUAUCAAUUUGGUUUGUGUCGAGAAUGGAUGGAUCAAGCUGGCUUAAUGGGAGUAACCUCAAGGUCUGGAUCGUCUCUGACAGGCAAUGAUCAAUGCAAAAGUUGUAGCCGGCAUACAAAUUGUUCUAGCUGCUUGCACUCGUUAAGUUGUGGAUGGUGUUACAGUCUAGAAAAUCCUAUCAUAGGAGCAUGCGUACAAGGAGAUUUCAAUCAGCCGCACAUCAAUUGUAGUUUUGUUAUCAAUGAAUAUCAAAAUACCACAUUAGAAAUAGAUGAAUCGGGUUGGGCAUACGCUCAGUGUCCAGAUGUCGACGAAUGUGAUUUGGGCUUACAUGAUUGUCAUCCCAAUGCGGUAUGCACAAAUACACAUGGAAGUUUUAGCUGUCAAUGUAAAAGAGGUUUUAAUGGAGAUGGCAAAGAGAACUGUACUAAAACUUGUUAUGAGAAAUGUGUUAAUGGUUAUUGUAGCGAAGCACCUGAUUAUAAAUGUGAAUGUAACCUUGGAUGGACAGGUCCAGAUUGUAGAACAAAUUGUGGUUGUUACAAUCAUUCUACUUGCACACAAGGACCAGGCAUUUGUGAUAAGUGUCAGGACUGGACUACUGGAAGAUAUUGUGAGGAAUGUAAAGCAGGCAGUUAUGGUAAUGCCACAACACCUCUUGGAUGCAGAAAAUGCAAUUGCAAUGAACAUGGAGACAAAAACUUAGGCAUUUGUGAUCGACAAACUGGCGUAUGCUUUUGUCGUGAUAAUACACAAGGAGAUAUGUGUCAGCGUUGUAAGAAAGGCUAUUACGGCGAUCCAAGAGAUGGCGGAAUGUGUUAUUAUGGUUGUAUGUCUCGAGGUAUGCUUGGGGGAGAAGGAAAUGGCAAACAAGGUCUUGGCAGCAGACACUCGCAGUUAUCAUUAUGGGAAAGUCAUCUUGGAGAUUCUCCAACAAGAGAGUGUCUGUGGAUAGUAAGUCCAAAAACUGAUCUUUCAUCAGAUAACAUGCUCUCAGGAACUCAAAGUGUCAUACAAUUUACUAUACAUGAUGAUAUUAAUGUUAGUUGCCAAGAAAAUAGUGUUUAUGUAUACGAUGGACUUCCUGAAUUUGUUUCAUCAUCAACUAGUCAUCAGAGUCAACUCCUAGGUGUUUAUUGUACAGAAAGUACAGAUUAUCCUGUUACUGUAGAAGCUAAGUCUGGAUUUCUUACUGUUCAUUAUAAACAACUGGAUGAAGUAGAAGGUUUCAAUGCAAGCUACUUGAUAAUGACAUGCAAUAAUUGUCCAGGAAAUCGGGAAUGUCGAAAUGGUAACUGUUUAUGUAAAGCUGGUUUUGUAGGAAUCAACUGUGAUAUCGAAAUAUGCCCUAAUAAUUGCACUUCAUCUAAGAAGCAAGGAAUUUGCGAUAAGGGUUACGGGCGUUGCGUUUGCGCAUCCGGCUAUGGUGGACAUGAUUGCUCAAUUAAGAUUAAAGAACAUCAGUUAAUUUUUACGGAACUAUUUAACUCUGAAUAUCUAGCCGAUCAUUUGGACCACCUAAGAAAAACUUUACCGAGAUUUGGUCACACGUUGGUUGCUGACAGAAGGGGUAGCUUGUGGAUGUUUGGGGGAUACUCUCUUAGUCACGGUCCUCUAAAUGAUAUUAGACUUUUUGAUACUAAAAAUAACACAUGGAUGCCCAUUACUGUAGAAUCUACUACAGAGGCUUCGAUGCCUCAAGGUAGAUACUUCCAUGCAACUGAAAUAGUUCAUAGUAGGCAACAAAUAUAUGUUUAUGGCGGUUUAUCAAUGAAACAAGAGGACAUUCAAGGAAUAUCAAAUAACACAUUAAGCGACUUCUGGAAAUUUAGUCUGCAGAAUCAGAGAUGGAUGCAAAUUAUACAAGAGGAGUUUAAAAAAGAACCGCCACUUUUAGCUGGACAUACCUUGACUUUACGUAGAAAUGGAGAAUCAGAAAGUCUAAUAUUAAUUGGAGGAUUCAGUCCUAAAUAUGGCUACCUUGACACAGUAUGGGAAUUCAAUUUAGAAACAGAAACUUGGGAUACAAUAGAUACAAUUGGAAAUGGACCAUUAGGGGUAUAUGGUCAUUCAACUGUAUAUCAUAGCAAGUCAGAUAGCUUUUACAUUUUCGGUGGAUACACUUACGCAAUAAAUCGAACAUUUAUUUCUAAUAAAUUAUAUGCACUAAAUUACAAAACUCGCACGUGGUCUGUACUUCCACCAUUUGAUGAUGAUCUCACUGAUGGAAGUAGUUUGCCACAAGCUAGAUUUCUUCAUUCUGCUGUUACCACUGAUGAAUACAUGGUAAUAUUUGGUGGUCGUCAAAAUCCACAUAAUACUUCUGAUUCAUUAAUUGCUUAUAAAUAUUCAUGUAAUUUAUGGAUUCGUUUAAUAACGAAAGACAUGGAAGUUAUUGGAAGUCCACCACCACCAGCAUAUGCUCAUGCAAUGACUCAUGCUGAUCCAGAAUCUAAUGCUGUAUAUGUAGUUGGUGGUUUUGAUGGUGGAAUCAAAAGUCAUGUCACUCUUAUAAGCAUACCAGAAGAUUUAUGUAAUCUUUGGACAGACAAAAUCACUUGCAGGAAAUACUUUGGAUGUUCCUUUUGUUCUGUUGUCACAAUUAGUGGAAAAAAUGCUUCAUUUUGUUUCUCUAAUGAAGUAUCAAUCAACAAAGAUGACAGAUGUGAUAUUAACGUAACACAAGCUCAACGAUCAAAUGGAAUUUUUUGUAAUUCAGAGUGGAUGAUCAGUAGAAAAUGUCAAAAUUUUAAAACUUGCACAGAAUGCUUAGCAGAAUGGCCGUAUUACAAAAAUGAGGAACCAGUAUGCAAAUGGUGUACGCACUGUCCAAACGGAAAGUGCAUACCAUCCGAGAAAGAUUGCGACGAAUUAAACAAAUGCAGUAUUAGACAAAUAUCGGUAACAGAUGUAAAUAAAUGUGGAGAACGACAAUGUCCGGCAAGUGAUUGUGAGAAGUGUAAUAGUCUUGAAGGUUGCGUAUGGACAAGGCAGGUCUUAAAAACAUCUGAACUAGGACUUGCAGUAACGGGAGAACCUGUAUACGAUUGGAAUUGUGUACCAGAUGACAUUUUUGAACGAUCAAGUAUUAAAAUGGGAAGUACGCAAUGUGAAAAACGAUGCGCAGAUCAUAAAGACUGUAGAAGUUGUCUUAAAGGUACCGGAGCCGAAGGUGGUUGGCGGGAAUGUAGAUGGUCGACACAACUCAAUGAAUGUAUUUCUCCAUCAUAUCAACCUCUAUACUGUGCCGGUGGUGUAUGUGGUUUAGUAUUACGUAGUUCUGAUAUGGAUCAUUGUCCGGAACCAUGUUCAGUUUUUAAACAAUGUAGUACAUGUUUGAAACACUCACAUUGCGGAUGGUGUUCUCUCGAUUCAGCUAACAUAACUGGGCAAGGAAUAUGUACCGAAGGCUCUCUUGAAGCACCAGCAGAUCAUCCAGCUGGUGGAACAUGCGAAAUGUUAUACUAUCAACAAUUCCCUCAAACUGAACCACAAUCUUUGGAAACCCUAGAUAAUGUUACAAUGUUAAUCCCAAAUGUAAUAUCGAAACCAGAAUUUUCUUGGCACUAUGUAAGAUGUCCACCGGAAAAUGAAUGUACGAAUGGACAUCAUACGUGUUCUCCGAAAAGUGAAAAAUGUUUUGAUUUAGAAGAAGGAUUCGAAUGCAUGUGUGGAGAUGGAUAUAAAACUGAAACUCCAUCAUCAUUUAAUGAGUUCGGCAGAAAAAUUUGUGUUCCGAUGUGUACGCAAGGUUGCGUUAGAGGAACGUGCGUAGAACCAAAUGUUUGCCGUUGUGACUUCGGUUACGUAGGUGCCAAUUGUUCAAUUCAGUGCCAGUGUAAUGGUCACAGCAAUUGUGCUGGCCCAGAUAAAUUAGACGUUUGCUUAGAGUGCCAUAAUAACACAAUGGGACCACAGUGUGAUAAAUGUUUACCUUUAUUUGUCGGAAAUCCAGCAGACAAUGGACAAUGUGUUCCAUGCCUUGAGUAUUGCAAUGGACAUACUCGAAUAUGUAUUAAUGAAAGCAUGACUGUGCCGGAUCCGUAUUCAAUUGAUAAGAUGUCUAUAGAAUUAUUGAAAAAACAACUAGUUGAAGGUCCUGUAGCAAAAGCAAAAUGCGUAAAUUGUGGAAAUAAUACAAAAGGUGAUAAAUGUGGCGAAUGUAUGACUGGUUAUUUUAGAGGAACGGAAGAUCUUCGUGACGUAUGUCGACCUUGUGAAUGCCAUGGGCACGGAUUUACUUGCGAUCCUGUAACAGGAGAUAAAUGUAACUGUGGUAAUAAUACAGAAAGUGAUCCAACAUGUACCAGUGGUCCUAUGAAAGGUACAAACACUGGUGGAACACCAUGCUGGAUGGUACAAUGCAGUAAAUGUAAAGAAAAUUAUGCUGGUACACCAACUAAUGGUCAUCAAUGUUAUAAAACUGUAACAGUUGACAAUAAGAUGUGUUUUGACUCUAAAUUAAUAGGAGGAUCUUAUGAUGAGUGUAAAAUGAAACCGAAACCAUUGAAUCCUGGUCAAACAGUGUUUUAUAUGGUACAACCUCGUUUUAUGAAUGUUGAUAUUAGAGUUAUGGUGGAUGUAACUCAAGGGGCUUUAGAUCUAUUUCUUAGCCCUCGGGAGGAUUCUUUCGUUGUUAUACUAAAUUCAACAACUGGAUAUCAAGAUGUCGAAUUGGAUAGCAGAUUUAUGUGGCGUAAGGAUCCACAUAACAUGUGGCUAGACGAACAAACACGCAGUCGAAUGAGAAUUGUUGAAUUCCAUUCCCACAAUUCGUUCUUGUUCACUAUGAACGGCACUACUACCGAACCCACUUGGAAUACCGGUCCUCAGUAUAUUGUGAUGGAACGCUACGCAGAAGGUUUGGCUACGUUCCUAACAAUUGAGAACAGGAACACGUUCUUGGUUAUUAGGAAUCUCACGAAUCGGUUAGUGUUAACAUUGCCGCAGGACAAACAUGAGCUUCAUGAAACGAAAUUUCACAUCGCAUUAAGGGCAAUUGAUGCCAUUCAUCCAGAGAUUAGCGGCCGAGCUGCUUAUGGAAUGAUCUUCUUUCGACAGGAUCAAUUGCACAUUGAUUUAUUCGUUUUUUUUUCUGUGUUUUUCUCGUGUUUCUUCUUAUUCUUGGCCGGCUGCGUAGUCGCAUGGAAAACGAAACAGGCGGCGGAUGUUCGAAGAGCACGGAGAAGGCACGUUGUUGAGAUGUUGCACAUGGCUAAAAGACCAUUCGCGUCAGCUACCAUCAUUUAUGAUCGAGAUGGUAACGAUUGUAAUCCAAAUUCACCCCAACGAAAAAGCAGACGUAACAAAUUAGUUAGCUUUCACAGCGACGUUAGACCAGUGGCAGUCGAGCCUACUGAUGACGGGGUAGCUGCUGUAGCUACCGUUUUCAUUAGAUUACCUGGUGGUCAACAAGCCCCUGUAAAAUUGGCUCUUGGUAGCUCGUUAAUACUGUUAACUAGAGUUUAUCCAGUUAACAGUAGGGUGUUCCUAAGACGUAGAAACAGUCACGCGUUGAACUGAGCUUCUUUCUGUAGACAUCUGUUUUCACAUCACAUAAAUUUUUAAGUUUGCUUACGCUCUCAAAAUUUAUGGCAAACAAAAUAGCGAUCAUGUUUAUUCUUUAUUUUAUCGAUCGUUUUUCGUUGAUCUCAUCCUUUUAAUCAUUAAUCUAUUUUUGGUAUUUGAUACGCGGUCAUUAUACAAAUUGAAGCAGUUUUUUACGAAUAGCAUUUAUAUUUCUCUCGAACUUGUCCAAAUUGAAUUUCAAUUGUUGAAUUUUAACAAUACCAUUCAUUCUUCGUCAUUGACGAAUGUUGACAUUGUUCAAUGUCCGCCAGUAAUAUGAAAUUUUAGUCUAAUGGUUGUAUUAUAGGUAUAAAGAAACAUUAUAAGGGUAUUUAAACUAAGUGAUAAUACACACACACACACAGACACACACAUAUAUAUUAUCAUACCAUUCCAUGACGAGACUGUAUGUUUGUAUAUAAAGAUCUGUAAUUAUGUAUUAAUUCGUAAUUUAUACGAUUUUGUAGGAGCAUUUUAUGUAACAAGACAUGAUUUUGUGUCUUGAAACAUUCGUAGCUACCUUUUGAGGAAAGUGGAUGAUUUUAUUAGUGUUGUAUGAAAAUGUAUGAAAUGUUGCAUAACCAUCUAUUGAAAUAUACAUGGAAAGGAAAAAUAUACAGGCAGCUACAAGUAUUAUUCUACUUAUUAAAAUCUUGUUUGUAUUCUAACUAUUUCAAAUGACAUUGCAAAAAUUUUUAACAAAUGUGAGAUUUCCAAUUAUAACGUGUGAAUUUAAAUGAAUAAUUAUAAAACAGCUGAUAUUAUUAUUAUGAAUGAAUCAUUAAAACAUUAGCUAUAAAACAGAUAUAGCUAUCAAAGCUUGAAGUGAUAUAAUAUUUCAAUGCAAACGUCUUUGCGAUUACAUACAGUGUAACAAAAAAGCGAUAUGUCGACUGGCACUGCUAUUUUCUAACAGGGUGAUUUUCAAAUACGACACGUGUUUUGAUGAAAGAGAUAUAGUAGAAUAAUAAAUUAAGAUGUCAAGUAAGCAUAUUGAUUGAUACCAUAUAACUUAAUUCGAAGUUCAUAUAUUGGUUCGUAUAUUGAUAUUUAAAACUUCUGCUCAUAAACGUCCAAUAAAAUUAUAUUACGUAAAAAGUUAAAAUUUCUGUAAAAUCAAUAAAGUAAUUUUGGUGAAUUUUAUAUGAUCACGCUAUAUCUUUUCCACCAAGAUUACACAUAUACAGACGUGUCUGUAUGCUACGUUAAAAAAGUAUUGUUAGGCCUGCGACUGAAAACGAAUUGUAUCCGCAUAAUUAAAAAAACGAUCAGUAUUAGAAGUUGAUUAGAAAGAAGCUCGAUAAUGCGUGCGUCGGAAUGCCAAAAAAAAAAAAAAAUUAAUGAGGAAUAAUAUGAGUGUCAUAACAUAAUGAUGUAUUACCUAUAACAAGAAAUGAUAGACGUGUAAAAGAUUUUAAUUAGGGAAUGUUGUAAAUACGAGGAGUGCACAUUGCAAAUGUUAAUUAUGGACACCGUCGUAUAAUAUCAAUUGUAAAAUAUUAAUAGUACGAUAUCGUCAAUAACAAUUUAAAUUCGGUGAAAAUUGAAAGGAAGAUAUGUCCUUUAUCAAAGAUGAUGAGCCAAGGUUACGUAUUAAUCAAAAUAUAAAAGUAAAAAUACAAGGUGUUGACGUAAUGAUAUUAAUAACACAUACUCUUAAGAUAAUUUGUAAUAAGCAAAGUAAUUGAGAAAGUGAGCGACGUAGUGACAUAAGUAGGUGUAAAUAUCACGAGGCGUUUUUUUUUUGCUAACUAAGCUGUUAUGCGAUAUCGAACAAGUUUAAUAUAUUCUGUACAGAUUGUUUCUCAGGAUAGUUGUUACACGGUUUGAACAUUUCUUACUGUAUUUGUAGAAAAGUUUUUCAGAACUAACGGAUUUACAUAUAUAUUAUUGUUCAACUCGAUUUUUUUAAUGCAACUUAUUUUUUAUUAACAAUAUUGUAAUUAAUAUAUAUAUAUAAUAACAUUUGAGUAAAGCUGUAACAUAUUUAUUUUUGAUAAAUGAUAAUGAUAGGAUUAGCAAUAUUUUCUAAAAGUACAGUGCGAAAUUUUCAAAUUAUUUUUUGGAAGCAUUCGAAUUAUGUCAUCGAUAUGUUGUAAGAAUGCACGGUUGUUCCUUGACUGUAGGAACGAUGAUACACUGAACAAUUAUUAAGUGUGCAUAUGACAAUGCAACACGUCCUGUCUAUUGAAUUUCUGAAUUUAUUUUUAUUUUUUUAUUUUUGUUUUUAUUUUUCAUAGGUCUCGUCAUUACGUAUCUCGUCAGUUGAUACUUUUGUUACUCUUUUUUGCUAUAUUUGUUCUCUCUCUCUCUCUCUCUCUCUUUCUCUUUUCUCUAUCAUUUUACUAGCAUAUCUUUAUCUCGUUUCAUUUUCAUCGAUUUUAUUUACCUUUGCGCGACCAACUAUCCUAACUAUUCAUAGCGAGAUAGUUUAUAAGCAUACGUAUAAGGAAUAAUGCAAACUAACAUGUACAUGUACAUUUAUAUAGAUCUACGUGAAUAGAGAUAUAUAUUAUAUACAUAUACAUACUAUAUAUACACAGUAAAUGUAUAAUUUCUCGGUUGUACAGAUCUGAGCGUUAUCUCCAAAAUGUUCUAUUUUAUAUAUAAUUAUUACAUUGCAUUCAAUGUAAGCGAUAUCUUCCAAUGCCGGCAUUGCAUCAUCGCGUUAAGAAAAAAAAGAAGAAGAGAAAAAAAAAGAUGUUUGUAAGAAUAUGGGGACACCAUCGUUUAUAAAAGCGAAAAUGAAAAAAGGUUGUGAGGUCCGGGUGUCGGCAUCCCCACAAGGAUUCGCCACAAGCUUCGUGAAUUUAUUUGUACCGUGAGGAAGAACAUGAGGUUGUGCUAAUGAAGAUUAAUGAAUUGUAUUGAGAAAGCUUUAAUAAACGUAUGUAAAAUUGGGUUUAA